AUGGCGAUCCAUGCUGGCUCGAGAACCGAGCACUUCAUGGAGCUCACGCAGAGCCCUCAGCAUAUACACCGCAGUCUCGGACAUGAUCUCUACCAGCCUAUGCCUAAUCCCCAUCUCUUACACGGCGAGGCGAAGAGUUCCGCCGCCGCCACAUCUGGCCUGCAACACGACGAAGACACGAUCUCACGCCAUCGCACUGCUUCAAUGUUCGAUGCCGAGAGCCAAUCUCCUACCCAUGCCUCCGCAUCUGAUCCUCUGGACCUGACACGCCGUCUGAAGUCUCGCUCCGAGCUUGACCGCAUGUCGGCUAAUACCGCGCGCAAGCGGGAGUACGCAUGCAAUCCAUUACACUUAGGCGGACAGUCCAAACAAUCCAAGAUCACGAGCUUCUACGAGUUACAGAACGAACAGAUCGAGCGGCUGCUGAAGCCAGUGAAUGAACAUAUCAGAGAAGCAAAAGAAAUUCAAGACUCGACGCAGCUACGCUACAAGAUCGCGGUGUAUGGGAGUUUUGUGGCCAAUAUCCUCCUCGCAGUGUUGCAGCUCUACGGCGCCAUCGCUUCGGGUUCACUCUCACUUUUCACGACCAUGGCGGACGCAAUCUUUGACCCCAUGUCCAACAUCACCCUCAUUCUCACCAAUAAAGCCGUCAAGAAGGUCGAUGCCCGGAAAUUCCCGGCUGGUCGCGCCCGGAUCGAGACAGCUGGCAACAUUGUCUUCUGCUUCCUCAUGACCGCGGUGUCGUUCAUUCUGAUUGCGUUCUCGGUUCAGGAACUCGUCCGGGGCUCUGAGGAGGAUACAAAGUCAUUCCAUCUGCCGUCCGUCGUCGCCGUGACUGUGGCGUUCUGCACGAAACUCGGCCUCUUCCUCUAUUGCUGGGCUCUCCGGAAUCAAUACUCGCAAGUGCGGAUCUUGUGGGAGGACCACCGCAACGACCUGUUCAUCAAUGGCUUUGGUGUCCUGACAUCCGUGGGUGGCAGCAAACUGCGAUGGUGGAUCGACCCGGCAGGCGCCAUCGUCCUGUCGGUGCUCAUUUCGGGGUUAUGGCUACACACUGCUUACUCAGAGUUUCAACUGCUUAUCGGCAUUUCUGCCGACACCGAGACUCAGCAGCUCAUCACUUAUGUGUCCAUGACCCACUCGGAUCACAUCAAGCAUAUUGACACAGUUCGAGCAUGGCAUAGCGGGCCCCGCUUGGUUGUAGAAGUGGACGUGGUGAUGGAUCCGGAGGAGAGUCUGAGAGUCAGCCAUGAUAUCGCCGAGGAUCUGCAGAUGAAACUGGAGAGCCUUCCAAAUGUGGAGAGAGCAUACGUCCAUGUGGACUACGAAUUUGAGCACCGGCCAGAGCAUUUCUUGAAGAAAGAAUUGUGA